AUGAACAACCAAAAAAAACCAGAAGAGUGUGUGAAAUGGGUAACACAUUACUCUAGUGAUCAUCAGAUACUGUUGGUGGGUGAUGGUGAUUUUUCAUUCUCCCUUUGCCUUGCCAACGCUUUUGCCUCCGCUACCAACAUUGUUGCUACCUCUCUUAACUCCUAUGAUGAUGUUACCAGGAUGUACAAGCAAGCAAAGUCAAAUUUAGAUCAGUUACAAAAGCUGGGAGCAUGCUUAUUACAUGGAGUGGAUGCAACCAAAAUGAAGCUUCAUUCAGAUUUAAAGAUGAGGCGGUUUGAUCGAGUUAUAUUCAACUUCCCCCAUGCUGGCUUUCAUAGGAAGGAAGAUAACUCGCUAAUGAUUAAGAUGCAUAGAGAGCUUGUGUUUGGUUUCUUCAAGAAUGCAAGUUGUAUGCUUAGAGCCAAUGGUGAAGUUCAUGUCAAUCAUAAAACUACAACGCCUUUUAAUACCUGGAACAUAGAGAAGCUUGCUAUGCAAAACUUUCUAACAUUGAUUGAAUGCUCUGACUUCAAAAAGGAAGACUACCCGGGUUAUAAUAAUAAGCGUGGCGAUAGCUAUAGAUGUGAUGAACCUUUCCCGCUUGGUAUGUGCAGCACAUUUAAGUUCAUUUACAAUCCUAAAGCAAGACUUGCAUUUCAAGAGAUUCAGGAUGCCGUGGAGCAAUUGCCAACUCCAAUUGGUCUCCAUUAUUAUCCUCAAGCAAGUCACAUUCAAAGAAUGAAUGAACACACUCCAAUAUCUAGGGACUACUUAAACCAGGGUUUUAACAGAAUAUCUCCUUCGGCUGCCUAUCAUGGACAUGGUAUCAAUCUAGGCGCUCAGAGAUCGUUGCAGCCGAUGGAGUCAUUGCAAUCUUUGCAACCGUGGCCAGCAUCAACUAAUGUUAGAUAUUCUCCAACAGAGCAUGUUGGCACAAUGAAUACUGUUCCUUUAACAAGUUCCUACCUUUUGUGUAUGGCGUUGCUAGCGGUCUUGAAGCAUUUUGGUUAUGUCCAAUAGCUAGCUGGAGCUAUGAAGCUGAUAAUUUUGUAAUCAGUGUUUAGCAUAUGUUGAUCAUUUUUCAGCAUGCUAUUUUGUAAUCAAACAUUUAGGAUUUAGCAUAUGUUCAUCAUUGUGCAGCAUGCUACUAUGUUGUAAGAAAGUUAACCUUUAUCGGCAUAUGUUCCAAAAGAAUUGCUGAAGUAAGUAAUGCCUUUUAAACAUUUAGCAUA